AUGCCACCUGUACAACCUGGCAAGACACAGAAGACGAACGUGCCUACGAAGAAAGAUAUCGCAAAUUCCCAGCUUACAUCACGAAAAGCACCCACUCCUUCCCUCGUUCCUGCGCGUUCACCCGCCUCAAAAACGACUACUGCAACGACUAUACGAGCCUCAGAAAGACUCAACCCACCUCAUUUUACCUACGCCCCUGAAAUCACCGUUCCCGCAAGAAAUCCAGACCAGAAUAUUGUCAAGUGGCUAUGGCGUGCCGGUCGUGCAUAUGUCACUUUCUACAAAACAGGCCUUUCGCAUGUUCGACAAACGUACAAACUUGCCAAGACACUGCGCAAGAAAGCUGCGCAGUCACCCAAUAAGGACAUCACCGAAGUCUUGACAAGAGCAGAAUGGCAGGUUGUCAGGAGAAGUAAAGCCGAUAUUCUGAGGUUGCCGCCUUUCGGGCUUCUCGUGUUGGCUCUUGGAGAGUGGUUACCGCUUAUUGUCAUGUACAUUACACCUCUGGUUCCUGAGGCGUGUAGGAUUCCACAACAGGUCGAACGUUCCCUUAGAAAAAUGGAAGACAAGCGGCAAGAUCGACUGCACAAAAUUAGUAUCAACGCCACGCGUCUCAUGCUGAAGGAUCGCCAACCAGUCGGGUCUACACAAGGUCACGAGCCUUCUAACCCACCAAAGAAUGACACAGUAGGCACAGUCAUGACGCCAUCCGCUAAAGCCUGGGACGAAUUGACACUUUAUGAACUCUCCCUUGUCGCAGCACAGCAGGACUGCUACCCCGCGCUGUUCGAUUGGGUACCCUUUACGCCGCCAAAACGGCUUCUUGUGAGGAACAUAAAGAAAAAGAUGGAUUACUUGAGUACAGACCAAAGACUGAUCGAGAGAGAUGGUGGUUGGGCAGCUCUUAGUAAAGAGGAGAUUCAAAGGGCCUGUGUGGAGAGGGGCUUGCCGGUUCUGGGAAAGAGGGAAGAUGAGCUGAGGAAGGCGUUGGCAACAAAGUGGGGCGUGAAGUUUUAG